ACGGCAGACGAGACCAGGGGACCCCGGGACCACCGUGCUGUGCGCUCGUCUGAAGCGAGGGUUCCCCGCCCCCUCCCCGCCAGGCGGAGCGCCUUGGAACCCGCGCAGGAGCGGUAGAAAGGCGCGCGCCUUCCAGAACAGCCAAGGGCUCAGACUUAGAGGUCGCCGCCCCGCGGGGAGGCGUCCGCAGCUGUUGUGGACGCUGACUCAGGCCGCGGGCUCCCUGGGUGAGGAGCCGGUAUCGCCGUCCACGUGGCUCCUGGCGGGGCACAGGGGGGCGGAGGGGAGGGCGCCGCCUGCGGAGACACGGGCGCGCCCGGCUCGGCUCGGGGAGCUCCUGCCAGCAGCCAGGGUCGGCGCGGAGUCCGCGGGGCGCACGGAGGGCGGCUCCGCGGGGCCCAGGGGCUGGGCGCUACCCCGAGAUGGAGAAGUUCAAGGCUGCCAUGCUGCUGGGGGCGGUGGGGGACGCUCUCGGGCACAGAAACGCCCGCAAGGACAGCAGCGCUUCCGGAAGGAAGGUCCAGGAGGAGCCGCGGGCGAGCGGGGACCAGGACCAGCUGGUGCCGUCCCGGGAGAGGUGGCCGGUGAGUGACAACACCAUCAUGCACCUGACGACGGCCGCGGCCCUGACCACAGACUACUGGUGCCUGGAUGACCUUUACCGAGAGAUGGUGAGGCGCUACGUGGAAGUCCUUGAGAAGCUUCCAGAACAUUGGGCUGAUCCAGCUACCCUGGAAGGUUGCUCACAGCUGAAGCCGGAUAACUAUCUCCUCGCCUGGCACACGCCUUUCAACGAGAAGGGCUCAGGGUUUGGAGCUGCCACCAAAGCCAUGUGCAUCGGCAUGCGGUACUGGAAGCCGGAGCGCCUGGAGACCCUUGUGGAAGUGAGCAUCGAGUGCGGCAGGAUGACGCACAACCACCCCACAGGCUUCCUCGGGUCCCUGUGCACGGCUCUGUUUGCGUCUUACGCCGCGCAAGGAAAGCCACUGGAGCAGUGGGGCAGAGACAUGAUGCAGACGGUCCCGCUGGCAGAGGAGUAUUGUAAGAAGACCAUCCGGCACCUGGCAGAAUACCAGGAGCACUGGUUUUACUUUGAGGCAAAAUGGCAGUUUUACUUGGAGGAGAGAAAAAUCAGCGAAGAUACGGGAAGUAAAGCCACCUUCCCUGACCGCUACGACGCGGAGGAGAGAGAAAAGGCUUAUCGGAAAUGGAGCUCUGAAGGCCGAGGGGGCCGGCGGGGCCAUGAUGCCCCCAUGAUUGCCUACGACGCUCUUUUAGGAGCUGGGGACAACUGGACAGAGCUCUGCCAGCGGGCCAUGUGUCAUGGAGGUGACCUCUCGGUCGCCAGAGGUGCCAACGGAACCGUCAGGAGAGUUUAUUUUGGCCGCGAUGUUUACACUGGCCCUGGAGAGAGGUGUUUUGGUCCUGCCCAGGGAUGGGCUCGGGGACGUCCGCCCGCACCCACAGGCAGGGGCAGCAGCCCAGACCCCAGACUGCCUUUGGAAAACACUGACAAGACGGAAACACGCUUGGCUUUGAGGAGCAAACUGCUGGUGUUUGGUGCUCCCACAACUGUCCUCGCUGCAGCACGGAGACCAUCCAUCCACAUGCUGUUUCAGCCACAACUGUCCUCGCAGCGUGGGGACCGUCCAUCCACAUGCUAUUUCAGGCCAGGCGUGUGGGGCCAAAGAAGGACGUGCUGGGCCUGCCUGCAAGUCCAGGGUCAGGCAGUCAUCGAAGGCCCCAGUGAGAGACCUUGCCUCCACAAGAGCACAUGCCCAGGCCCGCGGGAGAGUUCACACCACUGGCCAUUCCAAUUCAGUGACUUCUGGGGCACAGAGGGCCAUGCAGGUACCCCUCGAGUGAAAGAGGGGCAUCCACAGGACCAGUGGGGGCAGCACAGUCAGGCCACUGAGAAAGCCUCCACUGAGGAGGGCACCUGAAAUGGGUCGUGAAGGAUGCAUAGGAGCUCAUCAGGAGUGCAGCUGUCGCAGGCGGGAAGGCUCAGUGUGCGGCUGGGACAGAGCACAGCCAGGAGCUGAGCUGCCAGGUGACACUCGAGGUGCACAGGCCUGCAUCCCUCACCCCCGGCAACAAUGGCAGGGUGAGCCAGACCUCGCUGCAAGCCCCAGGGGGGUGCAGAACAGAUGGGUGUCCUGCCCACAUGCAGGCAGACAAAUGAGUGUGCUUGAAACUGCGCUGGAGUCUUAGGCAGUGACGACUGCUAGAGGGAUGGAGACCCCAGGCGGUACACUGGGGCACGGUGGGUCGUGAGCUUGCAUAGUGACCUCAGGAGGGCAGACUGUGCAAAGCAGAGGGAACAGCUUGUGCAAAGGCCCUGGGGUAGGAAUGAGCUGGGAACCAAUCGAUGGCCAGUGCUCAUGGCCUGGGCACCAGGUGGCGUGUCCCUGCAGGGAGGGCGGGAGCCCAGCUCAGCUGUGUCGUGAACAUGCACCACACAAGCAUCCUGCAAA